AUUACUAAAGUAAGGGAGCUUUAUUUAAAAACUCCAUGAUUGACAGUGAUACUGAUAAAUUUUCACAACAUGUAUCGUGUACAAUUGCACCUUACGUAGAACAGCAACCUGUAGUUGGCAUUGAAGUUUACUUCUUGAGACAAUUGGCUAAUCCUUUUCGUGUUGCCUGGACUCUUAUCAAGUUAGGCUAUGAACCGUUGGCACCAGUUCAGUUCAAUUCGCCUCUUGCUCUAUUCGGUUUAUCAUCUCCAAUUUAUGUUUAUCCGAAUUUCUUCAAGUAUACCUAUCAUUUAAUGAAAACAAUAGGUGUUUGGAAUGUGUUGUCAACAGGAUUGUUUGCAAAUGCUACACACGAUUUUAUUGUGGAAAUAUUUCGUGCAGCGUUUAGACGAAGAACAAAUAUAUGGAUGCGAACAGAAAAUAAUUUUUACAAUAAAAAACAGAUCUUCAUGCAUACUACUACUAAUCAACAAACCAAUAAAGAAUUUCAGGCUGAAAGACUUUUGGAAGAGUCAAGACUUUCAGUUUUCUUUGAAAGAUUUACUGAGAUAUUAUCACUGAAACUUUGGGAAGUCGUAGUUAGUCAUCCAUUUUAUGUGAUUACUGUUCGACAGAUUGCAGCUUUGAUUGGCAAGGAGACUCAGUAUACAUUUUUUCCUAUGGCUGUUCGAGCUGUUUACCGUGAAAAUGGUAUUUUAGGAUUUUUCCAGGGUUUUAUACCACGUUUAAUUGGUGAAAUGAUUUUAACAUCUGCUUAUUAUUGUUCUUGUCGUCUAGUCAGAUUAUUGAUAUUUGGAUUAGGUAGAAGAUCUACUGAAAAUAUGAAUAUUUUACGUGUAUUAUUAUACUAUACAUUACAUAAUUAUACAUAUCCAUUUGAAUUAACCGGUUGUGUUAUGGCUUUACAUGGUGCAAAUUUAAUUGGUGCUAAUGAAUCGAAUUCUUUUCAUAAUUGGUAUGAAUGUCAACGUUAUCUUAUUCAAAAUCAACAAAUCAUUCGUGGUUGGCGUCCAUUUCUACGUAGUCAUGUUCAAUCAAUUCAUUUACCGAAAUUAAAAAGCUAGUUUAAUUCAUUUAUAUUAUUAUUAUUAUAUAAAUAAUCUGUUGUAAAAUAAUAGAACAAACAUCUUACAUAGAUAUUUCAUUGUAUGAUUGUACUUUUCAUUCUUCUAGUCAAUAUGUUUCAUGUAAUUUUUGUUUGUUUGUAUAGUUUCCAUAUGAAUAAAGCUUGUAGCUGUGAUUAAAAUUAAAUUUUAUACCCAUCCACCCCUUCAUUCUCCUCUCCCCCCCUCGACUGUUUUUUAUGUUCUUUUAUUUUUAUUUGUAAACAAUAAUGGUGGUGGUACUUUGAGUCAUGUGAUGUAAUGAUUUAAGUAUUCAAGUUGUUGUUGUUGUUGUUGUUGUCGUCGUCGUCGUCAAGAUUUCAACAGGAAUUCAACAUUGAAUAUCUAAAAGGUAGUAAAUGUUUCAAAUAAUUUGGUUGAUUGAUUUCAAUUUCAAUAGUUCUAAUGUUUUUUUUUAUACCUUGGUAAAACUGGUCUUCAGUUCUUUAAAAGGAAGUGAUCCAUCUCAACAUGAUCAAAGAAAUAAAUAUAGAAAUCAUAAAGUUUAGAUAAUGGGAGAAGAUUUGUAGUUUAGGCGAAUGAUUUUGAUGGAAUUUUGUUCUUUGAGUUGGAUAGGUAUGUCGUGGUGCUUUUAUUGUGUUCUUUUUCUUUUUUCUGAACAACAUUAGCAAAAACUUCAGGUAGAAGUAAAGUGUUCGAAUUUCUUCACAUACAUGAGUCAUAGCUUGUUUUGUAGACCUUGAUCUUGAUUGGUUACUGUUCACUUUUAACCUGUGAUUGUGUUGAAGAUGUUAGAUCCUCAGAACUCACUUGAUAAAUAUCUUAUUUCUGUAAUUCUAUUUUAAAAAAUUGGAUUUCUUGUUUUCGCGCCAAAAACGUUCAUUUUCGCCUUUAUGUUGUAUUUUCUGCUUGGAGGGAUCUUAAAUACUAUUGGUUUGUUGUAUGUUUUAGUGUGCUAUUUUGUAAUGCUUCUCAAGGAUAUUUUUAUGCUGUAUAUAUACUCUUGAUUUGUGAUUGUUGUUGUUGUUGUUGUUGUUCGUGCUUCUGGUUGCUUGUGGAAUAUAUUUCCCUCUUCUGAACUUGGACUUCUCUCUCUAGUUAGCAGGGCUGGUACGCAUCGGAAUAGCUAGUUUAUUGGUUAUUAUAUCACAGAGUCUUCGUUCCGUUCUCAGAUUAGGUGAAUUCGUCACCGCUUCAAGCAUAUCACAUUAUUCACUUUAUUUUAAUUGUAUAUUCCAUUGAUUUGAUUCUUGGUCCUAUAUUUGUCCAUAGUUUUUCUGAUUGGUUGAUAAAUUGGAUCAAUUUCAAUAUAUCUGUUGAUUGCUGAUUGACCUUGAGUGCCAAGACUUCAUCAAUGUAAUAAAAUUACGCUUAAAGCUUAUCCAGUAAAAAUUCACUUUUGUUUAUAAUAGGUUAAUGAAAC